AUGGUUGAUGGUACCAUCGAUAAGUCUUUUGGCUGUGGUCCCUUUGAAAAGCAUUUGAAGAACAAGAACAUCAAUGAUUGGAUUCUCAACCAAUAUCGACAGUCAUGUGGAGUGGAGUUGCCUGGCACCGUCAACCCAGUCGUCCUCGAGAUCAAAGUUAAGGAGAUCGUUCGCAACUUUAACCAGGUGCUCCUAGAAAGCCUUGUUCCAGAGGAUGUCCUUCAUGCUAAAAUUGAGGCGCAUAAUCUUACCUUUUAA